CACACACACACAAAAAACACUGCAAUGUCAGCCGCCAGCACCGAGACGAGCGCCCCGUUGCCUGCGGCCGCCAGCCGGGUGUUCUUCCAGCCGCUGGCCGGGGUAGGGUGCGCUGGGUCCGGACCCAUGCCGCGGGACGACCCGGUCCAGAGGAAGCAGGGGAAAGUGACGGUGAAAUACGACAGGAAGGAGCUGCGGAAGAGACUGAUCUUGGAGGAGUGGAUUAUUGAACAACUGAGCGAUCUGUACGACUGUGAGGAAGAGGAGAUGCCAGAGGUGGAGAUAGACAUCGAUGACCUGUUGGAGGUCAACAGCGAAGACGAGAGAGCCGUCAAACUACAGGAAUCCUUAAUGGACUGCUAUAAACCCACGGAGGUCUUUGUCAGUGAGUUGUUAGGGAGGAUAAGAGGAAUGAGGAAACUCACUGCUCCCACCAAGAAGGGUCUAUAAUGGAUGUCAACCAACCGCAACUCAACCGCAACUCAACCAUAACCAGAUUUGGACAAGUAUAGACAAUUCAAACUCAUCUCAACCGCAUCGAAUCUCUCCUGCAACUCAACUACACGGACCGUCCAAUAGCUCAGUGACACACCCCAUUAUUAUCCCUUAAAGGAAAGCUCCACCCCGCAAAAAAUAUGUUGGUGUUUGUUUCAUUAGUCUAUUGUUGACACAGUUUAUUGUUGAUACAGUCCGUUGUUGAUACAGUCUAUUGUUGAUACAGUCUAUUGUUGAUACAGUCUAUUGUUGAUACAGUCCAUUGUUGAUACAGUCUAUUGUUGAUACAGUAUAUUGUUGAU